AUGGCACCCCAUGCAGAACUUGCAAAGAUUGGUUAUGAAAUAGAGAAACUCUUUGGAAGGCAGAAGAGUUUUGGAAGCAGCAACAACAACAACCCUAAUACUUCUCCAUCAGCAACUCAUCAAAAUCUAUGCCAAUACAAAUUCUACCCAGCAUACGGAAGCAAAGUUGUGCACAUGCAUGUUGAAGACAUCACGUGCAAUGAAGCUGCUUCAAGAUUUAUUGCUGAUAAUAGAACAGAACUUCACAGGAAAGGUUUGGUUGGCCAAGUUGGUGUUGAUGUUAUUUUGUGGUUGGUAGUGGCUUGUUUUGUGGUAGAAGGUAAUGAAAGAGCAAGGCCAAUUGCUGGGCCUGAUAUCUAUGAGGGUCGCAAUGUAGCUAAGGAUGUUCUUGCUCCUGGUGAGAUUAUUAAUAAUGUCAUGAGCUUUGGUGCCAAACCUGAUGGAAAGUUUGAUUGCACUCAGGCGUUCAUGGACGCAUGGAGAGCAACAUGCAAGUCGAAAGUGCAAGCAAGGGUUCUGGUCCCUCUAGGAAGGUUCGUGGUUUCGGCAAUGUACUUCGCCGGGCCGUGCACCACUCCGGGGCCCGUCACGGUCCAAGUUGAAGGCACCGUCGUUGCAACAACCGACAUCAGCGAGUAUGUUGACGGCGAAUGGCUCAUGUUCCAAGACCUCUCCGGUAUCAAACUCAUUGGUGGUGGCACCUUUGAUGGACAAGGAAAAGAUUCAUGGUCCCAAACUGAGAAUUGUGAAACCGACUCCGAUAGCGCCUGUGUUAGAGCUCCUAGUAGCAUUUUCUUCAGCAGGGUGAACAAUGGAAUCAUACAGAACAUAAAAACCUUGAACCCCAAAGGCUUUCACAUAUUUGUCACAAACUGUGCCAACAUUAGACUUAGGUUGCUUAAGCUCACAGCACCAGGUACCAGCCCCAAUACCGAUGGAAUCCACAUUAGCCACUCCAUCAAUGUCAAAAUAUCAAAAUCCAACAUUGAAACUGGUGAUGAUUGUGUCUCUAUGAUUCAAGGGGUCAACAAUGUUACCAUUAAGAGACUAAAGUGUGGCCCCGGACAUGGUAUUAGUAUUGGUAGUCUUGGAAAAUAUCAAGAUGAGCUAGAAGUGAGAGGAAUUAGGGUGGAGAAUUGCACAUUGGUUGGCACAACCAAUGGCCUAAGAAUAAAGUCAUGGCCAGAGAAGUAUUCAGGUUUAGCAACAGAUAUAAGCUAUAGUGAUAUUACUUAUCCAUCACUUGUAAAGAUAGCAAAUGUUGGUUUUAUAAAUGUAAAAGGAACAACAAUUUCACCAAUUGCAGUGGAUUUAAGGUGUAGUAAGCAAUUCCCAUGCGAAAAUAUUCAACUUCACAACAUAGACCUCAAGCUUCUUGGACCUAUCCUUCCUUCUGGCGCAAGAUGUGCCAAUGUUAAACCUGUCUAUGGAGGCAUUCAAAUGCCACCAGCAUGUCCAUAG